CGAACGCUUUCGUGGUGGAAAGGACAGGGACCUGGGACCUGGGAUUUGGGAUUUGGGAGUCGUCGGGCUGCGCGGACACGCAAACUCGCUGCCAUAUCCUGUUGCCAACCAGAUAAUUGGCCAGCAACCCGCGUUCGGAGCAUGCUCCGCUCCGACAUGGACACACGCACAUACUACGAGUAUUGGGUAUAGCGAUGACUCAGUAGGUAUUUGUAUUUUCAUUUUUAGGUCAAACUGCAUCCGAUUAUUGUGGCAUUUGCUCCGCUGUCGGCAGGACUCGCUAACGAUUGGUAUGGAGAACUAUGAUUGUCAAAUCCGAAAAAUAUAACAAUAUAUGCAAAUAUAUUGAGCGACACUUCGAGUACGGAUAACUCCGUCGGAGCAUCGAAAAACGCCAGCUCCGUUCGAGUUUCUUCGGUUAGUGAAAUCCCAGUUAAAGUUCCCAUCAUGACGAGCACCAGCAUGUGCAAGAGGAUCUCCUCUGGCACGGGCACGGCAUCCGCUGAGCUAAUCAAAUCGCUACCAACCACACCAUCAUCAUCCCAGGGCUCGUCCGUCAUCUGCGAGGAGGUAUUCGACGAGGCGUGUUUCCCCUCAUCAGAGGAAAUCAAUGAGUAUGCCUCCCUGAUUGGAAUCGAGCUUCAGAAGGAACCACAUUUGCUUUAUCUCGCCAAGGAAGGAUUGAUGGCCGCACUGCCAUCGGAUUGGAAGAUAUGCUACUCGGAGGAGAAGAAUGGCCACUACUACCACAAUACGCGAACCAAGGAGUCGCAGUGGGACCAUCCACUAGAUGCCAUAUAUCGCGAUUUGGUUAAUCAGGCGCGUCAGAAGCCUGUGGACACGGGAUCGGUGGGGGAUAAUGAUGAUCUGUCGCAGCUGGACUCCGGAAUACGUAGCAUGCAGGGUAUCGAUGAUAUUCCAUCGCCGGGACCAUUGCCCCUGAAUAAUUUGGCCCGGAAAUGGUCGGUGGCCAGCAAGGCCAGCGUAUUUAGUAGUGCCAAGAGUCGAUUUUUGGACUCUGGAACCAAGGAUAUGGGUCGAUUGUAUCAACUUGGUUUCGAGGUGACCAAGUCAAAGCCCCAAAUAGCAAAUAAACCCUCGACCACUAGUCAAAUGAAUGGAAAAGCCGAGAAGUCGGAGGAAAGCGAUGGAGGUGCUAAACUUUCUGGUACUACAGUAUCGAUGUUUCAAAAGGCACAUAGACAAUUCGAAAGCGAUGGAUAUACCUCGCCGUCCGGUGUGAAGGGUAUUUUGCGCGAUUCGAGCAUAACCGAUAUAAGUCGACGACUGGAUCGACUGGAGCCCACUGGGCUGGAUGUGGAGGAUAAGAAGAGUGUGCGCUUUAAUUUGGAUCAGGGACAGCGAGUGAAGAGCUCCACCGAGGAGACCCCAUCGAUGGCCAAGAUGACGCAAUCCUAUAAGCGAAAUGAGCACUCGCAAUCGGAGGAUGAUGAUGAGGAUGUGGUGGUUCAAACCGACGACGAUGAUGAUGAUGUUGAUGAUAACGAUGAUGAUGAUGUGAUUGAAGAUGAGGACAUAGAUGAAGCUGAUAAGGAAGAUGCACUUAAUCCUUGGCCCGAUCAUGAUGAGGGCAUAUACAAUAGCAAUCCCUUCUUAUCAGACUCGAAUAAGACUAUACCAAAGACUAUGCCGGAAGUAGUGAAAUUAUCAGGAUCUGGAGAUGCAGCUUCGAAUAACACUAAGGACAUUGAUGCACCAAAAUUAUUUUACGACGACACAGAUUCCGAUUCGAAGGGCAGUUCGGUGCGUAGCUUUAUUAUUAAUAAAUCAGAACAGGACUCCUCACUUUUGGCCGGCAAUAAUGCCUUCGAUUUGGAGGAAUUGGGACGAAAGCACAGCUACGAGCUGGAACAAUUGCAGCUCAAAUCGAUUCAAGUGCCUCCAUCGGAGAAGUCAAUAUGCAGGCCCAGCUUUACGGACAAGGAGGCCCAGCUGCAGAAUGACUUUGAGGCGAUUAGAAGAGAUCACGAGGCGAAACUGAAGAGAUUCCGCCACGAAUACGAACUCCGGCUGACAUCGCAUCAGCACAAAUUGGAGGAGGCCUUCGAGCUGCAAAUGGAGAACUAUCGGCUGCAAUUGGAGCGGCAGCUGCAGGGCAAACGCACCUCGAUGGCCACCGAGCACAAGAGCCGCAUGGAGACCCUGCAGGCCAAUCACGAGGAGAUCCUUCGCGAUCUCGAGCGUGAGCUGCAUGGCGAGGAGGAGCUGCUGCGGCGGGAGCACAGCUCCAGACUGUCCCAGAUGCGCGAGAAGUUUGCCCGCGAGCUGGACGCGGAGAAGCAGCGAGUGCGGGAGAAGGGCGAGGAGCGGCUGUACGAGAAGGUCAGGUGCGAGAAGCGUCUGCUGGAGGACAAGUACAGGUGCCUCAAGGAGAAGUACGUGCGCCUCAAGACGGACGUAAAGCUGUCGCUGGAGCGCAGGAAUCGCCGGCGAGAGGCGCAGAUGGCGCCGCAACAAAACCACACCAACAGCACCAAGUCCACCAACAGUGGCACCGAAAUGGAGCGCUCCAUGGAGCGGUACUACAAGCCCCAAUCCGGCAAUAGCGACAAUCGCUCGCUCAGCUACUCGGAUCAGGCAAUCGCCGGUGAGGCGAUUGUCAAACCAGGUCCAGUUCAGCACAAGAGUCAACUGACCAAGUCGUACAACAUACGGCAGCUGCAGCUGCAGGAUGAUAAUACCUCCAUUAGUCAAUCGGAUACGACUCUAUCGAAUACCUAUAAUAAUGGUCGCUAUGGCCCAUUCCUCAAAUCCGCCAGCGGGGUAAUCUCCGCCAGAACGGCCAGUGAUAAUGGCAACUCAUCGAGGGACGGACUAGUGGGCGCCGUGGCCACACAAUCGAAUCUGGAGAGGAACAACAAUAGUAACCAGAUCAAGGAGUCGAGCGGCAUCAGUAGGAUCGUCUUUUCGCGCACCAAAUCGGCAUCCACGUCGCGCCUGAACUCGGAUACCAGCUAUAAGGGCGAUCGACCCUGUACUCCGGUGGAGAAUCUGCGUCAUCAGCUACAGAAGCUCGAGGCGCUGGAGGAUCAGUUUCCGGAGAAUACCCUGGAUGCACCUUAUCAUCUGCGCUACCCAUUCACCGACAUCUCCAUCAAGCCGAAUGGUGUGGGCUCGGAGUUGGAGUUCUUCAAGCAUCGCAUCCAUCUGGAGCGGGAUUCGGUGCGUCGGGCCAAGGAAUCGCUAAGGACACAGCGCACAAAUUUCCGACUGCGUCAGCGGGAGAUCGGCCAGCAGCGGAAGAUAACCGCCCUAUCGCCGAAACACUCCAUCGAUCAGCUGAUCCAGGAGGAGAAGGAACUGACCGAGAUGGAGGUGAAUCUCCAUCGCACACGUUCCCUGCUGGGCGAGAAGAUAAUACGACUGCGUCAUCUGGAACAGAGCCUGCUGAGGAUCUACGAGAAGGAGAAAUCGAUCCUCGAUCUGGGCACCAUCGACGAUGCGGCCACACUUAGCGAUCUAUCGUCGCACUCCAGCUCCGGCUUCAGCAGCACCGAAUUGGCCAGUGGCGCCGAUUUCCACAAGAAGAAGGACUACUACCAGCAGGAGUCGAACGAGUGCAUUGAAAAUCUGGAGAUACUGAAUGCCGAGAUUCGCGAAAUUCUCGAUAUAUUCGGGCAAAAGCAAUACCAACAGCAGCAGCAGCAGCAGCAGCAGCAUGAUCAAGCCGCAUCGGGCAUCCCGAUCCUAUCGCCACGUGACCUCGGCUGGUCGCAGGUGCUGAAGCAUCAGCAUCAGCAUCAGCAUUCCGCAACCCAGAACUUCUCCCUUCUCCCAUCCGAUGGCAUCGAUGGCGAUGGAGCAGUGCAUAUUCCCCACUCGAUUCCCACGCUGGCCGAUCGCUUGGAGACCUAUCGCCAGCUGGCCGCCGGCCGGAUGCAGAGCUCCAUGGGCGCCGCCAUCCUCACGGCCAAUACCAUUGUGUCCCAGAGUCCGCGGGCCGUCAACUACACCACUUGUCUGGUGGAGCGAACCCGGGAUCUGCGCAACUGGCUGCGGCAGGCGAAGAACGAGCACGAUUUCCUCAUGCAGCACGGCAUUCCAUUGGGACAGACUGCGGUUGCCGGUGGAGGAGGAGUGGGAGUGGGAGUGGGAGUCGGAGUGGGAAUAGGAGUGGGAGUGGGAGGAGGAGGAGGAGGAGGUGAGACUAGUGCGUCUCUGACCAGCGGCAGUGCAUCCAUUAUCAAUACCACGACCACUGCGGGGAGCUCGGCGCGCGGCAAGAACGAUAUCUAGAUCAAGGAUGUAUGGGUUUAGUGCAUAUUUUAAUUACAAACAUAUUAAUAGUUACUAUUUGUGAUCUUAUGUUUGUCUGAGAAAUUCAUUAAAAAUAAGAAAAUACA